CUUUAAAUACCAGGUAUAAUUCAGAUUUUCAACAAGCAACAAAACUGGUUACCUUUCUCUUAACAGAGCUGAGAACCAUGAAGCAAAAGGUGGUGAUCAAGGUGACUUCAAUGAAUGGACAAAAGUCACGCUCCAAGGCCUUGCAGAUUGUAGUGGGGGGUUUUGGGGUGGAAUCAGUGGCUUUUAAAGGAGAUGACAAGACUCAGAUAGAGGUAACUGGUGACGGGAUGGACGCUGUUGCUCUUACAAGUUUGUUAAGAAAGAAGAUGGGCUAUGCAGAGAUUGUGAGCCUUGGCCCUGUAGCUGCUGAAGGAAAGAAAGACAAAGACAAAGCAGAGAAAGGAAAUGAUCCUAAGAUACAGAGCCAGGAGGUGUGGCCUUGUCAUGGCGGUGUGCCUCACUACGUGUUUAUUCCUGCUCCACCCUGUGAGUGUGACCCUUAUUAUAAUCCUUGCUCCAUCAUGUGAAACACAGAGAGAAACAGAGUAUUAGAGAUGAGAUGGUGUUGUACAAAGGAUGGAUUUGUUUUACGUUAGCAAUUUUGGCUUUGGGAUUUUGUUGUUACCGUGCUAUUUUCUUUUUUCCCCACUGACGGGGUGAGGAGUUUGCAAUCAGGCUUUAGAUGAAAUUCAUCUGCUAAUUUCCAUAUCCCUGUUUGAUUGUCUCCUACAUGGGCAGAAAUAAAAAAGGCUUGAACAUUA